CUGAAACACUAACCUGUGGCAAGAAGAUGUGUUUUAAAUCUCACUAAAACCAUCCAGCCAUUUCAUUAGAAGAAAUUACGAUAAAACUCCAAAAAGUCCCCAAUUUCUAAAAAAUCCCAUAGACUGUUCAGCAAAAACACUACCUGCUCUCUAUUAAGGAUUCUGUUGGCACUGGGAUCCACAUUUUAACCAAGCUAGAAAAGAGUAUUUUUCAACUAAAGGAAACAAAUUCAAAAAAUAUAAAGUUUUCUGGGAAGGUUCAUUUCAAUUAGUUUAAUUUCAGCCAGUGACAGCCUUCAGUUUUCCUAGGGAAGAGCAUGGAGCGUUCUCUGAACUUGACAAUGUCAUUGUGCUCGAGAAACACUUCUAUUGCAGGAUGUCUCUGAGAAUGUCAGCUGAAGGAGCAAAGAGACAUGUGGUGGUAUCACAAUGUUACCACAACUGAUGUACAGAAUCAGAGAGUAAUUCCUGCUGGAAAGGUUCUCUGGAGGUCUCUGGUCCCAGGCCACCAUAGGGCAGAUUGCUCAAGUUGAGUUUGAGUAUCUUCAAGGAUGGAGGUUCCAUAGCCCUUUUGGGGAAUUUGAUAAGUAAGGAUUAAAUUCUCUGCAUCAAGCUUUUUUGAAUGACUUACACAAAUAAAACACUGCUGAGUAUAGAGUUAAAUACCAAAAUUCUGUUAGAAAUUGUUUAUUCUACAUCAAAUCAGAAAGGAUCCAACAACAACCCCCUGUAUUUUCACACUGAUUUUCACACCUGUUCUCAGGUUUAGAGUAAGACCAUCCUACUCAGUGUAAUACUCUGUAUAAUACUGCUUCCUAAUUCCCAAGAUAAAGGAAAUGUUGUUCAUGUGUUUUACCUUUACUUAAGACAACUAAAGAGCAAUCCAAAAUGUGAGUGGCAGAUCUGAGUUCCACUGAGCCCAAAGACUGUGAGUUCUCAAACACCUCAAUCCCUGAUCACCCUGUAGGGUUGUAUUUCUAAUCCUCCCUAUAUUUCUCGUUAAAUAAAGAUGUACUAUGAUCUCUUUAAAGGGAACAAAACACAAACUUCUUAAAAAAAAGGAUAUAAAGGGCCAGGGUCAAUAUCCCUAACCCAGCCUAGUGCCUUAGUCACUGAAUCCAUCAUCUCUCAUAAACCAAAAGCUUGGGUUGUCUUGAAAAAGGAGCAGAACCUUGCAUAAGUUAAAAUCUCCUGGUAUUUAGUGGAAGCUGGCUGCCUUCUAACUUCAUAUUCCUUUGGAAAUCCCAACCUAGAGCCACUUGUAAACUUCAGAUUCGAUUUCAGCUCUCCAACUGUUCAAAAUCUCAUGGUCAUCUUCUAACAAGUACGAGAGCACAGAAAGGGCAAGGGGAUGCCAGAACAUUCAUUGCACACAUAGACUGGUAAAGUUUCUUCUCUGAGUUAGCAGCCAGCCCAUGUGGAAAAUCUUUGAUGCAGCAUCAUCAGAGGCGCCUGGAGCUCUUCACACAAACAGUGUGGGCAGAGGGGGCCAAGGCUGGAUUAAUUUCCUGGAAUUGGUUACCAAAAUAGAUACAUCUUGAUUAAAUCCCUGAACAGACACGUACCUAACAUUUUCAUGUUUAAUUUUUCAUGCAUUUUAAAACAUUUUAAUAAGUGGAACUGUGAAAUAUGAACUGAAGUGUUCACAUUUUAUGAAGCUUAAUUUCCAUGUUACUUUUGCUUGCAAGCACAGAAAAAUACCAUUCCAUUGGUAUGGACUGUCUGGUACAUCUCCUGUGCUGAAGGCACAGAACACACCAGCAGCUGGGAUAUGGCUGCUCCAUAACUUUGGAUUUGUUUGUCAGCAUGUCCUACACUCAUGAAAACAAGAAAAUCAGAGGGUUUGUAUAUCAAACUGCAGAAAAGAAAAUCAGAUCAGCACAGCAGUUACAAUAUCAAAGAAGGUACCCUGAAACAAUGCCUUACCCUGCAGUCACAAAGGUGUUUACUGACCCUCAAUUCAAGGGGGAACUUAUGUCCAAGUAGAACACGUGAAUACUUGAUUCAGGGAAUCACAUCAGUUCCAUCACAAUUAGAUAUCAGUCAGCUGUAUUUCCUGGAUACCAACUCUCUGCUCUAACUCCCAGGCCUACAGAACAAACUGAUUUUAUAUUUGCAGUGAUCUCCAUAACAGACACUAAUAUUUGGCCAGCAUAAAAAUAAACACAGUAAAACCUGUUUUUGUUACAGAGGCGAACUAACCUGUUCUUCGUAAUCAUCAUGGAAAGAGAGUCCUCUGGAGUUGUUUCAGAGUUUUCAGCUUAGUCUUUUAUAUUCCUGUCUUUCAAGUGAUUUGGUAGAUUAGACUUUUCUGUUUUAAAUACCUGCUCCUUCCCCUUCUCCUCCUCCCCGCUGAACACCCCGUUACACUUGUUACCCUGUUCUCAUUCUGUUCCUCCGUUUUCCCUCACCCCAAGUAGCCCCGGAGAGAUGUCACGGCUGGACUCGUCUGUCUUUGGUGCCACCUACGGGCAAGCGCUGGUUUGCCACAGAGAUAUCCAAAACUUCUAUCCAUGAAGGCUUUGCAAUCUCUGUGUGGGCUUCUCACAAGGAUUACUUCCAAAACGUUCAUUAAUUCCGACACAAUUAUCAGAUCCUCUCUAAGCCCAGGCCACACUCUCAAUUAUUCCCUAGUAAUCUGAAAUAAAGGGAAAGCUAGAUUCCCAGAUAUGUCAGAUAUAUCUAUUACAAAUGUACCAGGACUAGUAUUAUUUGAAGACAAUUAGGGCAAUUGCAGAAGUAAUGCUUCAUGGGAAAUUCCCAUCAGGAUCAGGUCCUUAAAGGUCAAAGUGUACCAUGAAGAUGCCCAUUUGUUGCUAUCAUUAAGCUAUUAAAAAAAUUAUAUUUUUUUUAUUUCACACAUCAAAAGUAAUUUACUUCAAUAAAAUAGGUGCAAGCUGAAAGGAUUUACUUUGUAUGGCACUAAAACUUCCAUAUUGUCUAAAGCAGCAUGUGCAUUCCUUUGGGAUAUAAAUAUCAAUCUGAUUAGCUAGUACAUCUUGUCAGUCACAGUAACUUAUCCCCUGGGGUAUCUGAGCCAUCACGUGGCUCUGGGACUUCUGUAAAAGGUCAAGAGGACUUAAUUAAAAUCUAUAUAAGUCGUUAUCUCUGUCAUUGAACAAGAAUUAAGUCAAGAGGACUCUGCAGAUUUUUUGCCUUACAAAAUUUUCUUGGCUUGGGGGAAACUAAGAGGCAAGCAGCUUUGCCAUGGCUCUUUCUGGUAUCCUGACAGAAGCUGAAAUUGCUGCUGGCCUACAGAGCUGUCAAGCUGCUGACUCAUUUGAUUACAAAACCUUUUUUGUCAAAGUGGGUCUCAGCUCCAAGUCCAAAGACGAACUCACCAAAGUCUUUGGCAUUCUUGACCAGGACAGGAGUGGAUUUAUUGAGGAAGAGGAACUGAAACUUUUCCUGAAGCAUUUCUCUGCCAGUGCCAGAGCUCUGACUGAUGCUGAGACCAAGGCCUUCCUGGCAGCAGGGGAUAGUGAUGGAGAUGGCAAAAUUGGAGUGGAGGAGUUUCAAGCUCUGGUCAAAUCUUAAUGAGCAGUCAAGAUAAAGACCAAGAUAUCUGUGCCAUAAACAAUCUUUUCUAUUGCAAGUCUACUAGUUAUUUACAUAUGUUGUACCCUGGAAGGUCAUGAAAGACUGUUGGCAAGUGAUUUCAUACUGCUGGAAAACAUCUAAAGCAGUACAAGCACUACUUAAACCACGUUUUAAGCAGAAGGUCUAUACCACUGGGAGACUGAACUGGAAUCCACUCUGCUCAUCUGGAUUUUGGGCAUUAAAGGUACAAAUAAAAGUAGUAAGAGGAGAAAUUUAAAGCAUCUAUGUGGGCCAUCGAAUUUUCAAUAUUUGCAUAAAUAGCUAGCACAUGUUGGAAGAAAAUAGAAUUAAUAAAAUGUCCAGGUGUAAAACCUGGUUAUGGUAA